UCUCCCUUCUCCCUCGUCCUCCCCGCUGAGCGGUGCGGUGUGCUGUCCCUGCCGUUCGGCGCGCACUCAGAGCCCCGUAAGUGCAUCUGCUACACUUACGGCCAAUCGUCACGAUGUCCGCUGCCGCUGGACCCGUCCGCAAGAAGCGCAACUUCAAGGCUCUCCAACUCGAUGUCUCGACAUCGUCUCCUACCGAGCCUUCCCCCGCGCCUCUACGUGCCGCGCCGGCGCCGGCAGGCAAGAAACGACCGCCGCCGAUGAAACUGAAGGCACCGAAGAUCCCGAACACGACUACUCCUGCUGCUGAGGACGGGAACGGGAUGUUGACGGUGAACAUCCCCGCGUCGUCCGCACCACCGACCAGCUCGAUCUCCGCAUCGGAGAACCGGACGAACUACCACAACACCCUUUCGUCGACCCUCGCGAACCUGGAUCUGAACUCGGAGCGGAAAUACGACCUGCGGAACGAGGAUUUCCGGGACAUGCAGGAGCUCGGGCAGGGCAACGGGGGCAGUGUGAAGAAGGUGGAGCACGUUCCUACUGGGACCAUCAUGGCCAAGAAGAUUGUCCUCAUCGACGCGAAGCCGUCCGUGCGGAAGCAGAUCCUACGUGAGCUGCAGAUCAUGCACGACUGCAAUUCCGAAUAUAUCAUCUCCUUCUACGGCGCGUUCAUCUCCGACCCGAACAUCUGCAUUUGCAUGGAGUUCAUGGACAAAGGCUCGCUGGAUGGGAUUUACAAGAAAAUUGGGGCCAUCGACAUUGAUGUGGUGGCAAAGGUUGCACUGGCCGUGCUGGAGGGCCUCACGUACCUCUAUGAUGUGCAUCGCAUCAUACACCGAGAUAUCAAGCCAUCAAACAUCCUCUUCAACUCACAGGGUCAGAUCAAGAUUUGUGACUUCGGUGUGUCCGGAGAGCUCAUCAACUCGAUCGCGGACACGUUCGUAGGGACAUCGACGUAUAUGAGCCCCGAACGAAUCCAGGGUGCACAGUACACUGUCAAGUCUGACGUGUGGUCACUGGGCAUCUCGCUCAUCGAACUAGCUCUGGGCCGCUUCCCCUUCUCUGACUCCGACGGCGACUCGGAUCUCUCGGACUUCGAGGGUACGCUUUCUCCUAGUCGGCCGCUGCCGCCCAAGCGGACGCAGGAGGAGAAGGACAAGAAGAAGAAACGCAAGAGCAAGGGUGUCAGUUUGCAGGGCGGUGGAAUGACGAUGAGCAUUCUGGAGCUGCUGCAACACAUCGUGAACGAACCUGCACCGCGGCUCACGCCGGAGGGUCGGUUCCCGAAGGAGGCCGAUGACUUCGUGGACAGUUGUCUGCUGAAGGAACCUGAUGCAAGGAAGACGCCAAAAGAUCUUCUCAAACAUCCCUGGAUAGAACACGCCCGGACGACAAAUUUCGACCUCGAGGCGUGGGCAUCGACAUUCUAAAAUGUCCCCGCCCCCAACUCUCUCAGCACGCGCGUUUGGAUCUCUGCGUUGUUUGUACCACAAGCCGUUGCUGGCGCCCCCCACCGAAAGUCCGCUCCCGGCGUCUGCUUAUACCCGCAAUGUCUCGCCGUUCGUCCACUGCUGCUGCUGUGCAUGCAUACCUUGCGACGUCUAAUCUCCCGCCCGCGCAGGCGAUGUAAUAUAGAUCAAUCUGGGCAAUAUCGGAAUAUCGAAUACUCAUGAAAUCACUACAUACAGUGUAAGAUGGGCCUGGAGGAGUGUUGGUGGUGCUUGCGGGUUGUAUACUAUAGCCAUCGUUCCAGCGAUACAAUAGGUCUCAGCGCAUGAGCGAGAAGUUUUCUACAGACCUGCCUCUCGGGAAAUGUUUGACGUGUACAGGGUCCUCGGCCU